GACUAAAAUAACGGAGACAAAGACCCGUGACAUGAGGUAGUAACGCUUUAAUAAGUUAGUUUAGUAAAGACAUUUUAACCAAUCAAAUCGCAGUGCGUAUAAAUCAACCCCGCCCCGAUCACACCAAGCACAGCGUGACUGUUCAGACACAAAGCACAUCAUCAUUGAGCGAGUAGGAGGCAGAAAAACAGCCGACUGUAGCUUUACAAAAAAGAAAAAAGAAGAAGAAGAAUCGUUGUUUCACUCAGACAGCGGCUCUAUAUUUGUUAUCGUCUAUUAUGUGUACCUGCUGCUUAGACUCAAAGAAACCCUCUUUCAUUGUUGCUCUCUGGACUUUUAUCCUGUGCUCGGAGUUCAUUGUCAGGACUCCUGUUCAAGCUGUUAUGGUGAUUGGUUCAAGUCUUCCAAUCUUUGCCGCUCCGGGUGAUGAUGUCAUCCUGCCGUGUCACCUGGAGCCCAUGUUCGAUGUCCAGGGUCUGACGGUGGAGUGGUCCAAACCGGACCUGAAACCCGACCCAUCGGACCGGCUGAGCCGAGUGGAGUACGUUCACCUGUACAGGGACAGGAAGGAGGUCCCCGACAUGAAGAUGGCCUCGUACUUCAGGAGGACGGAGCUGUUCAUGGACGCCAUGAAACACGGGAACAUUUCACUGAAGAUCCUGAACGUGUCGGAGGAAGACAACGGCAGAUACAGAUGCUUCAUCCCCAAGCUGAGGAGCAGAGUGAAAGCUGCAAUCGUUGAACUUGUAGUCGAUCCAAACUAUGCUAAAAACCUAACGACAGACAAGCCACUGCAUCCCAAAAUCCUCCAAACUCCAGAUCCUCAGGACACGACUCCAAGAAAUACAGGUCGGUCCAGGGUCUCUGUGGUCGUUGUUAUCUUUGCCUUUAUAUCAGUUGUGGCUGUCGCUGCUUUUGCUUCAUGUUUCUCUGACCUUCUUCAGCAAAGACUAAAUAAGCAACCAGAGGAUGAUGAGACACAAAGAUAACAGUAACAAUUCCAUCUUACUGGAUUUGGUAUUGUUAGGUGUAAGUGGAGCUCUGAGAGUUCCUAGAUCUUCAAUCAGGUUGGGGAUUCAAACCAGCAGCCACAGGGAGACACUCGGUUCCAGCAGGACUAAGAUCCAUCAUCAUGUCACUUCUACAAAAGGAUGUGAGUCUGAUUUGGGUUUGAAUCUUGACGCCUCACCUGAACACCUGAGUGAAGUACAUUUAUAGAGCCCGAAAACAAUUCCAAAAUAAAGUGUUGCAGUACUCUGCAAAACGUAACACUAAACUCAUUUUAUAUUUAGAUUAAAUGAAUAACAGGGAAAUUUCAAAUGUAAGUGGGUUGUGAAGCAAUAAAGCAAUGGCUCUUGGAUUUAAAUGUGGCCUGAGGAGGUAAUGUUUUCCAAAGUGUUUCCCCCAUAGACUCUUUUUGGUUAAAACAUUUCACUGUGGAAAACACUGAAGGUUUUAUUCAAGGUUAAAAAUUAAUUCCAGGUUUGUUUCCUGGUGGUUAUAAAGAGUUCUGGUCAGUGGAAAAACCCUCCCUGCCUAGUUUGAAAUGUCAGGUUACAGUAACCAUUAUACUCUGUUUUCUUGUAAUUAAUUCUAGAGUUACUGGAAAUGCAGUAUGAUCAGCUGGUUUCAACAUAUCUUUAAUAUGUGGUCUCAUUGUGUAGCUCCAGUAGAUAAUAGCUUUUGUAUUUUUAUUGUAUUUAUUUAUUUAAUUAUUUAUUAUCUAGCUUUAGCUGUGACUGUGAUCAAGUGCUGGCCAGUGUGCUUUGAAAACAUCACCUACGUAAAAUGAUAGAUUCAGCAAGGCUGUUUGGUUUGGAAGGUUGUCCAGGAUUAUCCCAGCGUCCACUACACAUCACACCGUGUGGAUAUUCUGACGAUUGUAAACGCAUCAGCAGGCUUUGAAGUGACAAAAACAGGACUUAUGGAGUUCAUAUUAAGAAAUCUUUUGUUCUAUUGACUGUAUUGUGCAAAUGCAGUGUUUGGUAGCACAUUUGAUGAGAUCUGAUUGUUUUUGUUACUUCAGGUGUUUUUUUGUUUUGUUUUUUUCUACUCAGUGAAAACUGAACUACAAGUUGAUGACUUGAAGUACAGAAAGACCUCCUUUACUGUGUUCAUGUACUCCAGCACUUUGUCAAAUGUGUGUGCGCACUAAUAUAGUCAUUCCUUCAUUUAACCACUUGUACUUAAAAGACAUUUUGUGAGGUCUGUUUUUCAGUUUAGAAAUUUAAGUUUAAAACGAAUGACUAAUUUAUUACAUUUACUUUGAAUAUCUGUAUAUCGCUAAUGUAAUUGAUCCUUUUCUUACAUACAACCACUAUCAGUCUUUUUUCUUUAGCCCCUCACUGAUAACUCUUCCCUACCACCCAGAGCCUUUUUCAACUCAUAUCUGAACUCUAUGAAACAUUCUUCAACUUCCACUCUGAACUCCUUGGCUCUCCCUUCACUUGUUUCCUCUUCUAACUGGCAUCAAACUCCAUGGCUGUCUUAUGAUACACAAAAAUCCAAUCUGAUACUGUAUACUUGAAAAGACAACACAAAUUUUACAGUACAGUGUUAUAUACAGUAUUAAGUAAACUAUAUAUAAAGUAUUUUUGUAGAGUAAGAGAUUUAAAAAAUGUGUUUGUGACAGUGGGCAGUGGGCUGACAAUGGAUAGCUGAGUGAAUUUGAAACAAUGUAUAAUUCUUGACUUGUUUGAUUUUUAGGUUUUUAUGAGAAUUUCAGGGAGAUUUAACACUCCUUACCUGGUUGUUUAUCUGCUCUCUGGAUUGUAUCAUGCUGCUGAUCUUUUUGCGUGUCAUUUGAGUUUUUUCAGCAAUCGUUAGUGUGUUUUCCGUCGUAUUACCUGUUGGCAUCUUGUUUUAGUUUUGCGUGAACAACAUAACAGCACCUUCCCAGAAUGUAUCCCCCGUCUGCCGUACCCUCACACACAGCUGAGGGUCCAACUUUGAGAAUCACUACCUCACAUGAUCAUUUAUAUAUUUUCUGUCUGGCUGCACACUGCUGACAGAGGACCUGUCACGCUGCUCCUGCCUUAACUUUUCCAUCAGAUGUGUGAUAUGUGCAGAUGUUGAUUCCAGCUGUUCUUCAGCUUGAAAUAACCUUCAUACAGCUGCUACAUGUGAACUAGAAAAAAUCUGUAUUUUUAAUGAGUUUAGUAAAAGUGUAUUAUCAUGUGA